AUGGCGUUUCCUUUCCCCCAGGGGUGGGCACGACCUAAAGUGAAGCUCUACGAGGGAGACACCGACCCGCAGGAGCACGUGAACUUCUUCGAAGGCGCGAUGCAGUAUGCCGGGGCCAGCGACCCCUUGUACUGCCGAUGUUUCCCCAUGAGCCUCGGAAAAGGACCCAUGAACUGGUUUCAGAACUUACCGAGCAACUCCCUGUACGACUGGAACGGGGUCGUGUCCUGCUUUUUAUCCCAGUACUCCUCGGUCCGCAGUAUACCGAAGACCGCGCAAACCUUGGCUUUGGUUAAGCAGAAAGAGAAAGAAUCUCUAAAGGCAUUUCUCAAUCAGUUCAACAAAGAGGCUGGUGAUAUCACCGGUCUCCUCCCCGACACAAGGUUGGUCCUAGCUACCGCGGCUCUCGCUCCAGGACCUUUCCUGACCUCGCUGGAUGGCAAGCCGGCCAACACUCUAGAGGAAUUUCUAGCCCGGGCAGAGAAAUUCAUAAACAUGGAAGACGCCGCGACCCUAAGAGCCGCGAGUCAAACACUCGCGAUCAAAGGACCGCAGAAGAUGAAAGAGCAUAAAGACCAGCCUUCGACCCGGGAGUCCCGACGGAAGGGUCAGGACGAACGGAAGACGAAGCUGAAAAAGUAUGAUAGUUAUACCCCACUGAACUCCUCCCUCUCGCGUAUCCUGAGGGAGAAAGCCUCCACCGACCUCAGGGACCGCCCCCCUCCGCUCUUGACGAGAGGCGACAAGUUGGAUUCCAAGAGAUUCUGUGAAUUCCACGACAGCCCGGGCCACAACACGGACGAGUGCCUGAACCUCAAGGACAAGGUGGAGGAACUGAUCAGAGCAGGCAGGUUGUCCAGGUAUGUAGCUCUAUCGUCGGGUGCCCUCCCACGCCCGCGCUCGCCGCCCCCGAGGCGGACACCAACCCCUCCUAGACACCGUGCUCCAACCCCUCCAAGGCACCGUGCCCGAACUCCUCCCAAGCGCCGAUCGGCCGAUCGACAAGACAGGACACCACCACGUCGCCGGAGCCCCGAGCGCCGCGGACGAAGCCGAGAACGUAGAAGAAGCCCGACCGACACGGCCGGGAUGAAGUUAGAAGACAUCAUGGAAGCAACCUAG